CCCUAAUAUGGACGUUAAAGGAAAUGAAUCAAGCGCUGUUAUUGCUGUUACUUCACAUACAUUGUAGUGACAACAAAUCCAGCCGCGAUUCUUUUACAGUUUCCGAAAUUGUCCUCCACAUGCCACACAUGCGAUAUCGUCGAAAAUGUAGUUACAAAGCCCAGUAUGAGCGUGUGAGAAAUGAAUGAAACAUCGGCCAACUUUCUCUCGCUUCAUUCGCGCCAACCUGGCAACACAAUCUGCGUUGUUGCACUAUUGCCAGUGUGAAGUCGCCACAUGCAUGAACAAAACGAUGGCAGGGGGUUCCAAAGAUCAUACACGUUGGAGUUGAGGAUUAUGUUGUCGAUGAAGUCUGCAAAAAGAGGACGGCAACCUGCAUGGCUUGCAACUCGCGCAUUAAAGACAACCACUGCGACGUCGAACUUCAUCCAUCACGACAAAACUCACACAGACAGCUGGAGAUCAUGUCAACUCAUUGCUUUGUGGAGGCCUGCAGUCAGGCCCAGAAUGAUGACAGCCAAGUGCAGAGGGGAGGAGGAGAAGUGGAGCACAACCAGGCUGCAGUAGUACAGUUGUCUCCUGCACAUGAUGUCAUACAGGUUGAGAGGGCAGAAGAUGGACUGAUGAAGGUCCAGGGGAAGGAUAAGCAGUCUGGUGAUAACAAAAGAUGCAUCCAGAUGGCUACUAACAAGACAGCACAUGACAGAAACUUAGUUAGGAAAGAGAGGCAGCAUAUCAAAGAGCCCCGAGGUUCUGGGCCUUACUUCUUCUUUGGAGGAGCCAAUGGGGCUACAAUAGUGAGUGCUUACUGUGAGAGAAGAGGAUGGCAGAGGAUAUACAACAAGCAAAGGGAUGACUUCAUCCUCAAGUGGUGUGAGACCAAAUCUCCACGCACUUACCUCAAUUUCAGAGAAGGAGAACAACUGGUGUAUCAGAUCCCCAACAACAAAGUGCUCACCACCAAGAUUGGCCUGCUCAGCAGUCUGAGGGCAUAUGAGCGAGUCAGCUGCAAAGUCAACCAUGGCCAAGCGCUUAGGAAGCUGAAAAUUGAGUUUAUUCCUACAACCUUCCGUAUGGAUUUGAAGGAAGAGCGAGAGGCUUUCUUUGCUCAGCAGGAGGGUGCGAACAACAAUUUCAAUCAAAUGUGGAUCUGCAAGCCCACGGGUCUGAACCAGGGCAGAGGGAUAUUUCUGCUGAGAAGCGUGGAGGACAUUGGCACCUUGAAGCUGAAGCUGCAACACAUGGACGACCUGCGGGCCAACACGAAGAUGCUUCACCGCCAGCCUCAGGCUUACGUCGUCCAACAUUACAUCCAGAGGCCUCUGCUGUUAAGAGGAAAGAAGUUCGAUGUCCGCUCUUAUCUCCUAAUCGCAUGCACGUCACCUUACAUGGUCUUCUUUCGCCACGGAUACGUCCGACUGACCUGUGACCACUAUGACCCCAGCUCCAAUAAUCUCUCAGCCCACCUGACCAAUCAGUACAUGCAGAAGAAGAACCCUUUGUACAGCCACGUGAAGGAAGACACUGUGUGGUCCAUGGAGUGCUUCAACGCCUAUGUCAACGACUGGUUUCAGGUUGCCAAGGCUCUACCGAGGGACUGGGUGCUGGGGGCCUUCACGAGGUGCAUGCAGCAGAUCAUGACACAGUGUUUCUUUGCCGUCAAACCCAAGUUGGACCGUAGGCUGGGUUUCUUCGACCUCAUAGGUUGUGACUUCAUAGUGGACGAGGACUUCAAGGUGUGGCUUUUGGAGAUGAACUGUAAUCCAGCUCUCCAUGUGAACUGCGAAGUGCUGAAGGAGGUGAUACCCAGCACUGUAGCGGAGACGCUGGAUUUAACUCUUGAAAUCUUCAACAAGUGCCGUCUCAGAAAGCAGAUCCUGCCUUUGGCCUGUCAGGGAGAGUUUGUGGUCUUGUAUAAUGGACUCUGUAGCCCGGAUUCCAACGAACACAUUGAAAAAGGCCGCAAAGUCACCAAAAAGAGCCAAAAGACCAAACCCAAAAAGUCAGUGAACUACAAUGCAACUGAGACACCAUCUACAUCUCUGGACAGCCCUUCGCUCUGUCCCGGGUCAGUGGGCAGAGCUUCAGCUGUUCAAGCGGAAGCCUCAAAGUCGUUUGGAACUCAAACUGAGCAUGUGCACAGUGCAGCACAAACCCGUAGGGUGUGGAGUUUGGGAGCGACUAGGCUUCAACUGUCAGCGAGGAGCAGCAGAGACGACAAGCCGCCGCCAUCACAGCACACUUCAGUACCACACCUGGAGGAGCAAAUUACUCAUACUGCGGUGCUGUGGGGCAAGAGCAGAGAGGAACUGCACCAGAGGAUCUACUCCCAGCAGCCAAUCAAAGGCUGGGAGGGUCGACCUGCUCACAUGUAUGGAGAGAUCGUACACUCCUCCCUUGCGUGUCUGCACUGCAAAUACCCUCAGGAGAAGCGUGAGCAUUUCCUGGUUUUAUUCUCUUUCCACCUGCUGCUCCUCUCCCUGGAUCACACACAGAAAGACUUCAUUUAUGAGGGCAUGCUUCCACUUUCCGGUCUUUCGUUUCAGGUCAUCCCUAUGGUGCGUGACAUCUCCCAGUCACCUCACAUGUUUGAGAUCAGCAGUUCAAUGUUGGAACCUAAGAUCUUCAUAUGCUCUAAUGCUGCAGAAUUACAGACAUGGAUGAAAUACAUAAAAGACAGGAGAUCCAAGUCUAUGACUCAACCAAUGAGUCCUUCUCACUGUGCUCUUUCCUUUCUGCUGCCUUGUGAUGAGCACUGGAAAAGAGAGGAGCUGAAGAAAUACUUGAUACAUGCUCCUAUAUGGGAGUGGGAGGGUUCGCCUAUACAACACAUGGGCCCGCCAGGAUACAUCUCAGUGGUCCAUAUCAUCAACACACAAAGACAGGGCCUCCAAGAAAGACUGAUGAUUCUCUUCCCUCAAGACAUUCUGCUGCUGUCUGUGGACAACAAGCAACUCAAUAUCACAUACCAGGGCAGGCUGCCCCGUCAAGGUGUCAAAGCCACAGAGAAAUCCGCUCGACCGGGACGACUUGAGUUUGAGCUACGAGGAGAGCUGGUGGAGCCUCUGCAGGUCUUGUGUACCUGCCUGGACGAUUAUAAGAACUGGAUCUUUCAUUUACAGCAGCCAAUCCCAGACAGAAGCGUCCACACUGCUGUGACUCCCACUGCACCAACACUCAUACCAAAACUGCCCAGGGGCCACAAGGAGGCGAUCAUCACUACUGACCAAUAUUAUGUCAAUGGACGCAGUUGAAUGCAGAAUAGUUUUGCUUUGACUGUAUGUGCAGCUCAAAUAAAACUUGUUUAGAUAUUGUGGACAGGUACAUUAGUUGUUACAAAAAUGGGGAAAUGGUUGAAAAAAGAGUGAUGCCUUCUCAAACUAAUGUUGUUUUUGUUACAUGGUUUUUUUUUGUUUACUUUUUCGAAGAUAUAAAUUGCUUUAGGACAAAAUAAAUAUAGUUCCAUCCAGCCAAGUAUAGUAUUUCUGAUCAGAGUACUGUAUGCUAAAACGUUAUUUCUCAUUUACAAAAAUUGGAACUAAUGCAUAAAGUCAAUGAUGGUGUGUAUAUACAGUGCUUAACAAAUUUAUUAAAACCACAACCCAAUGAAAUGUUUAAGCCACAGAUGCACUAAAUUAACAGCAUUGGUAUAAUCAAAAUCAUUUUUUUGAUUGAUUUUUUUUUUUUUAAUCACUGUUUCUAUACGAUUUUCAAUUGGAUCGAGAUCAGGACUCUUUGCUGGCCAUUUUAAAACAGUCAAUUUUCUUCCUUUUCAACUGUGUGCUUUGGGUCUUUGUCUUGCUGGAGGACCCAUGAUCUUCACUUCAAACCAAGUUUUCUUACACUGGGUAAGACAUUUCCCUUUAAAAUCUCUCUAACUUUUCUUAUUUCAUGAUACCUGUGAUACAAUCGAGGGCUCCUGUACCAAAUGGAGCAAAGCAGCCCCACAGUAUUAUGGAUCCUCCACCAUGCUUGACUAUUGGCAGGGUGUUCUUUUCCUUAAAGGCUUCAUUGUGCCGUCUGUAAACGUACUGUUUGUGUGCUUUGCUGAAAAGCUCUAUUUUUGUUUCAUCUGUCCAUAAAAUAUUGUUCAUCAUUCUGGUGGGGCAUCGUUUGAAUUCGAGCGAUUACUGUCCUGAUUCCGGCUCCUUAUUUCGUUUCCUGUACCAAACAAUUCUCGUUUCCAAUUCUUUUAGGGGGCUGGGUCAAAACAGUUUGCAUGGUUUAAAUAAAGGGUGUCCAAAUUAUGAACAUCCAUUUUCUUAGCAGCCCGCAGCAUAGACUAAAAUGAACAUUUGACUCGGGGUUCUUUAUAACCAGUAUCAAUAUCACACUUGUGAACUAAAAGGCAAUGUGUGUGGAACUAAUUCAAUUGACAUAAUCCAUCCAUCCAUCUCCUCACUAGGGUCGCGGGCGUGCUGGAGCCUAUCCCAGCUGUCAUCGGGCAGGAGGCAGGGUACACCCUGAACUGGUUGCCAGCCAAUCGCAGGGCACAAAGGAACAAACAACCAUUCGCACUCACAGUCAUGCCUACGGGCAAUUUAGAGUCUCCAAUUAAUGCAUGGUUUUGGGAUGUGGGAGGAAACCGGAGUGCCCGGAGAAAACCCACGCAGCCACGGGGAGAACAUGCAAACUCCACACAGGUGGGGCCGGGGAUUGAACCCGGGUCCUCAGAACUGUGAGGCUGACGCUGUAACCAGUCAGCCACCGUGCCGCACAACUGAACAAUCAAGGUACAUUUAAAUAUAACCGCUACUUAGGCACAUACAUGCUGAAACCUUAAUGGAGACUGUAUGUAUGACAUAAUAUUCAUUAAUUUAUGUUUCAGCUGAAAGUUGAAUAUAGUAUUGUUAAAAACGUUAUUUGGUACUGUUUUGUAUGUGCAAGUAUUAAACAACUUCCCGUUUUAACCUUGUAGCCUUUUAUUUUGAAUGGUAUGCACUGGAACUCAGCAUUUUGGCACAAAAAGUAACUUCACACAGCACCGUUGAUUUUUUAUUUAUUUAUUUAUUUUUUAAAUGAAUGGAACCAAAUGCUACAAAACGCUAAUUCCUUUCCCUACCCGUCGAUAAGGCAAAACGUUAGUGUUUGUGAUACUGUGAGACAACAAAAUCAUGUGAGUUUUG